AUGGGUGGCAUUCCCUGGCAGUCAAAGGGAUGCAAAACAUGCAAAACGCGAAAGAUCAAGGUACAUGACACCAUCUUCCCUGAGCGUCUGGGCCAUAUAGAAGGUGGCGCAACCAGCGUGUGUACGAUGCAUCAAGCGUGGUCUUUCAUGUCCGGGUACGAGCAUGAUCGAACAUUCAUCCACCAUGACCAUGGAAAAGUGCUGGCGCGAUCCAGGGCCAGGAAUGCACAGACUCAAUCGCAUACCGCCAAUUCUAUCCAAUCUGUACUUGUUCCUCAAGCCGUUGAUGCACCUCCAACCGAUCGCGCGCAACUGUUCUCAUCUUUCUUAAGCGCAUAUUUUCCCCUCUAUACUGCAGGCAUCGCUGGAGCUGAUGUAUGGUAUCAUCUAAUUACGGGCUUAUCUACCAUUCCAAAUAAGGGCCCGGUGCUUGAUAAGGCACUUUCGUCGCUUACUUGCGUUGGACUGGGACAGAUAAACCAAGAUCAACGGAUGCUCUACCAAGGGACUCGUCUGUACAAUGCUACGGUGCGACACAUGUCGGACAUGAUAGAGCGCCGACUACCCAACGAGGAGCUUCUCUUUGCCACGGUCAUCUUUCAACGGCUUGAACCUUUGCUUUCUCCCCAUGGCAUCGAGCCAUGGCUUGCCCAUGCUCAGGGGACAAAUAUGUUCUUACGUGAAUGUUAUCAUAACUCAUCGAACAAUCCCUUCAUAGCAUUUGUCCACCAGCAUCAGCAGGUAUUAGGAGUUGCAGAUCCCCUAUCAUCCCCGAAUACCUCAGGCGAUGGACAACAACCACCCGCACAGUCCAAUCGCGAUAGACCGAUAGGUGGUGUCUUUGAGCUAUUCACAGCUUUCAAGCCCAUCCUGCGCGGAAUAAAGCAAUUGGAUGCCUCUAACCAUGAAGCCUGCCAGACACUUCUCCAAGAUUUAGUUUUGCACAAGGACAAAACGAUCGCAUGGUUCGCGGGGGUAGUGUCAUCUCUCGGCGCUGAGCCAACUCGUAUCUCAAACUAUCUAUCGACUUGCGCAAAGCUACCUUUAACCGAUGAGGUAUUUGGCCCUGCCUAUUAUUUUCCCUCACUUGGAAGUGCGAGGCUGCAUGUCGUGUACUGGACGGCUUUGGCUCUCGUCUAUACCAUGAUGUGUCAAGUCAAGGUGCGUGCUAAGGCACACAGUCAAAGCUCAGGCUCCAUGGAUUUGACCACCGAUGAGGACACUAUGCUUUCUUGGGUUUAUGCCGACGAGGUAUGUCGGGGCAUUCCGCAUUGUUUGACAGAUACGGAAAAUAUAUGGGGUGCACAACAUGCCAUGUUCCCUUUGGCCCAAGUCGCCAAUAUUUACAGCAUCCUCAGAUGGCGAGAGAAAUUCAUGUGGUGUCAGCAAGCACUCAGUGCAAUCGAGUCUCUCGGAUUUGGCCUCGCGGUGCCUUUGAGAGAAGCUGCUUUGAAGCAUUGGGCUCUCUUGGAAACCGCAAAUGCGACGCCUUCUUCCACCUGUCUGUUUGAGCGCUAG